UGCUAUGCUGCGUGGGCCUGUUCGAGGUGGGGGAAAAACAUCCGGCGGUUUUCUCUCCCUCGGCCUUCUUCUUUCCUAGCGGCGACGGCCGACGGCAGGGCGAGAGGCGCCGCCCUUGCCAGUUCUUCGUCGAGCGCUUCGCCACCCAGUGGAAUUGUGGAAAUGGCGGACGCCGCGGCGGCUACAACGCCGGAAUGGGCAACCAAGGAGCCGUGCCUCAUGGGGAUCGACGAGGCUGGCCGUGGCCCUGUCCUUGGUCCAAUGGUGUAUGGAUGCAUGUACUGCGCGCGGUCUUACAACGAGACUCUUGCCACCCUCAAAUUCGCAGAUUCAAAGACCUUGAAGGAGGAACAAAGGGAGGAACUAUUUGAAAGUUUAAAGGUCAAUAGCUCUAUUGGGUGGGAAGUGGAUGUCAUAUGUCCAAAGGACCUAUCUGCUAAAAUGUUAAAAAGGUCGAAAGUAAAUCUAAAUGAAAUAUCACAUAACUCUGCCAUGGGCCUUGUUAGAAAAGUUCUUGACAUGGGAGUACUACUGGCAGAAGUAUAUAUAGAUACAGUGGGGGAUCCUGAGAAGUAUCAGAUCAAGCUGACCGAAAAGUUUCCAGGCAUUAAAUUUGUGGUUGCCAAAAAAGCUGAUAGCCUUUACCCAGUUGUUAGUGGGGCAAGUAUAGUGGCAAAGGUCACUAGGGACAAGGCCUUGCGAAACUGGGUGUUUGAUGAAACGGCUCUGAACAUGCACAUGAAAACUGGAUCAGGCUAUCCAGGAGUUUAUGGUGCAGACCCUGAUACAAAGCAAUGGCUAGAAGAUCACAAGCACCCAGUAUUUGGCUUCCCAACCCUGGUUCGUUUUAGUUGGGGAACUUGCACACCCUUCUUCAAGGAUGCAGUUGAGGUUACAUGUAUGAUCUGUGCCACAUGGAAUGGACAUGAAGGGAGUCCGAUGAAGUUGAUGAAGAUGCAACUAACACUGGAAGAGCCAAGCGACAAGUCAAGCUUUCUAGCCUAGGCUUUACUGGUUUCAAAAGGAAGACUGAAGAGAUCGAAUCGAGUGGAAAAGGCCGUUGCAAGUUCUUCCAGGCUCGCAAGCUUGAGCUGGUCAGGAAGUUCCAAUGAUGUGUGCUAACUUGGCAGUUGGUUGUAGUAGAAAGUAUUCUUCUGAAGUUUGAUUUGAACACUCGCAAUUCACUGUGUUCGCUUGGCUGGUGCUGAUUUGUUAUGAGAGAACAGUACUGCUGACUGGCUGGUAGCUGGUGGCUGGUGCUGAUUUAGUAUGAGAGAACAGUACUGCUGGCUGGUUGGCUGACAAGCCAAGCGAACACAGCGAAUGAAACGCAACCUUCUGAAAUCAAGUAGAAAGUCAUGGAUUGAAAAGCAACCUUCUGAAAUCAAGUAGAAAGUCAUGGAUCGAAACUUUCGUGGAGCAGCAAAUGCUGGACAGGUGUUUGUCAUGUAUUGUAAGGAACUAGUUGGAACUGUAAGCUGAACUUGGCUGGAAUGGGAAUCAGUACUGGAAACGGAUGGAAGA